CUUAUUGAAAGAGAAAGAGAAAGAGAAAGAGAAAGAGAGUGGAGAUGGAGAAGAGAAACGAGAAAGUUCAUGUUUUGGUAGUUCCAUACCCAGCUCAGGGACACAUAAAUCCAAUGAUACAGUUCUGCAAACGCCUUAUCAACCACAACGGAAUCAAAUGCACACUAGCACUCACACUUCAUCUCUCCAAAACCAUUACUCCCACCGCCACCGCCACCCCCAAUAUCAUUUUCGAAACCAUCUCCGACGGAUGCGACCGUGCCGGCUUCAGUGAAGCCGGUACCAGCGAGAUCUACCUCGAAAAGCUCCGCGAGAAUGGGUCCAGAACCCUGGAAGAACUCAUCGUCAAACUGAAUUCCACCGGCAACCCUGUAGACGUCAUCAUUUACGAUGGCUUUUUGCCCUGGGCCCUUGACGUCGGUAAAAGAUUCGGCCUCCUCGGUGUGUUGUUCUUCACUCAGACUUGCUCUGUUAACGCCAUAUAUUACCAUGUCCAUCAAGGCAAUUUGAAGCUUCCUCUCACUCAAUCGACUGUUUCUUUGCCUGGAUUGCCCCUGCUUCUGGAUUCGGAGACUCCCUCCUACGUUCAUGUUUAUGGAGACUACCCGGGCUUCUCUCACACGGUUGUCAACCAGUUCUCAAACAUCGAUAAGGCUGAUUGGGUUCUCUUCAAUUCUUUCUAUGACAUGGAAAAAGAGGUGCUGGAUUGGGCGAGAAAGCUAUGGAGGAGGGUGAUAACGAUAGGCCCAACACUCCCUUCACUAUACUUAGACAACCGACUAAAAGACGACACUGAUUAUGACAUCAAUCUUUUCAAUCCAGAUUCAUCUUCCUGCCUCAACUGGCUCAAUACUAAACCACCCAAUUCAGUCGUCUACGUCUCCUUUGGAAGCAUGGCCGACCUAACCCCUGCCCAGAUCGCGGAAAUUGCAAGCGGCCUCGAGGAUACCAACCAAUUCUUCAUCUGGGUCGUCAGGUCUUCGGAGUCGGCCAAGUUACCGGAAAACUUCAAACCCGAGAAAGGGCUGGUGGUAGCGUGGUGCCCGCAGCUCCAGGUCCUGGCGAACCCGUCGACUGGGUGUUUCGUGACUCAUUGUGGGUUUAACUCAGUCAUUGAAGCUAUGUCUUUGGGUGUGGGAAUAGUGGCGGUUCCCCAAUGGAGUGACCAGAUAACGAACGGGAAGUUUGUGGAAGAGGUGUGGGGGAUUGGGAUUAGGGCUAAGAAGGACGUGAAUGGGAUUGUGAGGAGGGAGGUGUUGAGGGAUUGCAUAAAGGAGGUGAUGGAGGGAGAUAGGGGGAGGGAGAUUGGAAAGAAUUUGCUCAAAUGGAAGAAGCUGAGUAAAGAGGCCAUUGAUGAAGGUGGGAGUUCUGAUAAAAACAUAGAUGAGUUCUGCAAAAGCAUAAUUAAUCAUCACCUAUCAUUAUAAUAACAUUAAUUAGAUCUUGUUUUCAUUUCAUAUCCAUAUUGUAAUCUGCUUCAUGCAUUAAUAAUAUCUAUCUUAUCGUUAUAACUAGUGUUGUUAAGGAUUUAAUCGUAUUUGAUGAUCAUGAUCAUCGAGU